CUUCUCAUUUUUCCCACACGAAAUUCAAGACAAAUAGUAAUACCGUCAGCAAGAGUUUAAAAUAUGUGCUACAAUAACUGCAUGGCACAGAACAAUUUUUAAAAUAAAGAUUCAUAGUUAUUACAACAAUGUUCCACUGUGUUUUUGUCGUCAAGAACAGCAGUUGAGUUAAAAAGCAGUUUAAAAAAUUGGUCCAGUGCAUCCCGUAGAAAACGUAACCAAAAACUUUCUGACCAUUAUUUGUCGUUCUUACUAUUGGAUAAUGGAAUCUAGUUUGAGCAGGAUUUUGAAUAUGAAUCGACAGCAGCUCAAUGGACAGUUGUAUAAAUAUACAAAUGUCGUAAAAGGAUGGCAAUAUCGCUGGUUUGUGGUGGAUGCGCAAGCAGGACUUCUUAGCUACUAUUUGUGCGAACAAUCAAACGACGAUACCAACCCUCACAUCAUUGGUAACUCGCCCAGAGGUCAAGUACAUCUUUCUGGAGCAGUGAUCUGUCCCAGCGAUGAGGACUCGAAAACGUUUACCGUGAAUUGUGCGUCAGGGGAUAUGCUGAAGUUACGUGCCGGUGAUGCUCGCGCCAGACAGGAAUGGGUUGACGGUUUGCGAGCUAUUGCAGAAAGUCAUUCGAACUCGACAACGUCACUUGCGCCAAGAGAUCAGCUUGCGGCGCAUGAUGCAUUUGGAGCAGCUAGACAGCAAAUGCAGCAAACUGAACUUAGUAACGCGGCACUUGCCAGAGCAAUUGAAAGUAUUUCUAAUCCAUUAUCUCCAACUGAUCCGGAUUUACUAAUGCUAAAAGCUCUUUCUGCUGCUAGUACGCAUUGCUUGCUGCAGUGCUUAGGACUUUUGCAAAGAUAUAAUGAAUUCUCCGAUACACGAAAUGAAUAGAACUUCUAACAGGAUACAGUUCAUCAUAUCUUCAUUGACAAUAGGAGAUGUUUUGUGAUUUAUAAAUAUCAUUUGACUAUAAUUAUGUUGAUUAGAUAAUAAAGCCACCUCUAAAGAUUA